CGGGCAAUGCUCACAGGGUGAUAGCUAAACCAGCUGCAUGGGGGGAAAGGGAAAGCCAACCACGGGCGCAGCGGAUUCGCGAAGCUGACUGUCGUCGCAAGCGGAGGACCAAUGAUAAUGGGGAGGUCACGACGAAUGGAGGGCGCACGACUCUAGCCUCACGGGUUAGGCAGCGGGUUGGCCUUCGGGUCUGGUUCUGGUCGGUCGAAUGAUGAGGGGAUCCGUUGCGCCUGGAGACGGGGGGUGAGGGGGUUGGAUGGCGGUUGAAGAAGCGCUUGGUGCGGCAAUUCGGGGGUGUUGGUUGGGUGAGGAGGGUGGGAGGGGGAUUGAUUGGAGAUGCGCAGUCGCUUGGAGAGGGGAGGAUUGGGAGGAUUAGGUCGAGGGGGUGCUUGAUGAAGCCAAUCUCGGGGGGGGGGGUGAAGAGAGGAGCUGGAGGGAGUGGGUUGAAGCGAUGGCAGUUGGAGAAAACGCGAUGCAAGUCGAAAUUGCGGGCGGAGAAAGAAGUCCAGGCAGGAAGGCAAGGAAAGCCAGGCAAGUCAGGCAAGUCAGGCAAGUCAGGCAAGGCAAGGCAAGGCGGGCGCGGAGUCACGGCUGUCAUGCUGGAUGCUUCACGAUUCUCAUCUCUGGUGGGAUUGCCAAUCCAUUCGGCUAUUGUGCUUUUGCCCGUCACUUGCCUCAUCUCCAUCUAUCCCAGCUAUCCCCGGGCAUAAAACAUCGUCAUCCGCCAUAUUCCUCCAGCCCGGAGAGCCCUCUGGACCAGCCAUCCGGCCACAGAAACACCACCAGAGGAUCCUCCGAUUCUGCUGUGAAUGGCGAGAUUGUCCUGGUCCGAUCAAGUCUUACUGCUUCUGGUUUUGUCUUCUUUUUCUUAGCCUCGUUCUCUUGUCGCCGUGCUGCCCCGUCUCCGCCGCCGCCUCUCUCACACCACCAUCUCAUCCCAUCUCAUCUCAACUUCCUCCCGCCUUCGUUCGCAUUCGCUCCUCCUCCCUCCUCCUUUCUCCCUCCUCCUUCCUCGCUCUGGCUGUCUUCCGAGGUUGAUCCCUGGUCGACUGUCUCGAAAUUCAAUCCAAUCCAAUCGCCUGUGACCGUCUCCGGCUCAGAAGAUCAGAUCGACUUCUUCCUCGCAUCGUCGCCGUCAGUGUAACCCCCCCCGACCGACUCACGGGGGCUGCCUGCUUCGU